AUGGGUUUCGGAGAUUUAUUAAAGGAAGGUCAACAAUUGGCUCAAGCUUCCAAUAUGCUUAACCAAUUGUCUGGUAAUAACAAUAACAAUGCUCAAGCUGGGGGUAGUGGUAGCAAUCCCGACUAUGCUGCUUAUGCCGAAGAUGCUAAGGAUGCUUACACUGCUUUCUCUGGUGAAGGUACUUUCCAAGAAAAGGCACAAAGAGCUUUCAAUGAAAUCUCUGCUAACCACUCUGGUAAGCAACAAAACAUUGAAAGGAAGGAAGAAGAUAACAAUAACAACCAACAACAUCAAUUGCAUAAUGAAGCCAUUAGCGUAUUAGCCGCUGAAGCAUACUCAAUUUCCGAGGGUUCAAUCACCAUUGGAGAAGAUAAAGUAGACAUUGGUGAAUUCAACACUGCUCAACUUCAACAAUUAUCAUUGGAAUCUGUUAACGAUAAUAUUGAAAUUGAAUUGGAGUUGGCUGAUUUUGGUAGUUCUCGUCCUCACCAGCUUGUGAUUAACUUGGGCCUGGGUGAUUUAUAUACCAGUUUUGUUCCUAAACUUAGGGGAACUAGUGUUCUGUUGACCAUUCCAACCACCAAGAUCCCUCAAGUGUUAAAGACCAAAGACUAUUUAGAGUUAGAAGUUAUUGCUGCUAGUUAUGACGCAUCCAGAAAUUUCAUUCGUAAGUUAGGUGUACAUAUUGUACUUUCUGAAGAACUUAAAAACUCCAGUACUUAUGUUAAGAAGUCUACCGUUGGUAUCAAACCAGAAAUACAUCAUGUCUUUAAAACUGAUCCUACUACAGUGAAUGCUAUUAUUCCCAUAGUAUUUAUUGGAGGUGCUAUUGGCUUAUUCCUUGUACUUGUUGGAAGUUGGGCCACUUUUAUUGGAAAAGAUUUAUUCUCUUUAAAAGUUGCUGGUGUUCAAUUGUUCAUUAACGUUACCUUUUUGGUUUCCUUGUUAUCAAUGGAAGUGACUUUUGUUAAAUAUUACUUGGGUCAAUCAAUCUUCACUACCUUAUAUUAUAGUGCAGGCUUUGGAUUAUUGAGUGUAAUCUUUGGUUCUCGUACAUUGAAAUGGUUAUCUAAGAACAGAAGAAUUGGUCGUGCUUGA